AUGGAACUUCAAGAUACCGCAGCAACUAAAAUUACCAUUGGUCUUCCAUUGGGUUUAGCACUUCUCUUUGCUUGUUUACUCUUCAUUUGUGUCUUCUUUUGUUGCUUAUUGCAUUGGAAUAGGCUCAAAUUUUUGUUUCCAUCUUCUCAAAUUAUGACCCCUCAUGCUCAAAUACAACAUGACUCAACUUCCUCUCCUCAGAAACCAGCAUUUCCUUUGGUGAUGAUGAAGCAAAGUUAUGCUGAGAGCUUGCCUGUAUUGAUGCCGGGAGAUGAGAUUCCUAAAUUCAUAGCCAUGGCAUGUCCAUGUAAGCCUCCAACUGAUGAAAGUAUCACGAUUCGUGUGGACAAAGAAGAUACGAAUGAUUUUUCCGCGGAAAAUUCAUGUUAA